AUGGACGACUGGCACGACUCGUCCUGCAAGAAGCCGGACAUCUUGGCUGGCGAAGGCUUUGUGAGCUGCCUGAAGUGCGGAUCUUAUGGGACGGCGGCUGAGGCGACCACAUCAGGGACCGGCGAUGAUUCGACUGCGAUGCCCAGGCCGAUCUAUGAGCCCCUGGAAGAAAAGACAGACAUCCGACUGCUGAAAGUCGAACCUGGCGAAUUCGAAGAUCCGAUCCAAUGCAGCAUUUUCCUAAGUAGCACGACGAGUCAAGCUGAAUAUGAGGCAAUAUCCUACACUUGGGGUGGCGAGGACAAUAACAUGGGGGAAACGGGUAGUAUAAGACUCGGCGAGAAGACAUUCUGCGUCACACCAAACUGCGAGUCCGCUCUGCGCCACAUCAGGAGCAAAUUCACCCGCAAAACCGUCUGGAUCGACGCCAUCUGCAUCAACCAGGACGACGUGAACGAAAGGGGUCACCAGGUCCGCGUGAUGCCCCAGAUAUACUCAGGCGCCCGGCAAGUUCUUAUAUAUAUAGGCGAAGCUAGCCCACAGGAUCAGGAACUCUUUAACUUCCUGUCCGGGAAGCCAGAUGACUGCACGACGCACUGGCAACUGCAGUUCACUGUGGUGGAGCUCUUGAAGCGUCGGUACUUCUCCCGGGUCUGGAUCCUUCAGGAGAUCGCGCUAGCCAGGAAAGCCACUCUGAUCUGCGGUCAAAAUGCGUUACCCUGGUCAUCAAUGCGGAUUUCGUGGCUGGUUGAGCUGAGUUUGCUCUCGAGCCCGCCAGACAUGACGCAACUCCCACCAGCCCUCAGCCUCCGCGCGCCUGCAUACAGAGACUCGAGCAACCUUCUCGAUCUGCUAGACCUAGCUCGCAAGAGCCAGGCUACGGACCCAAGGGACAAGGUUUUUGCCGUCUACGGACUGAUGUUUCUCGCGGAAAAGGACGGGCUCGUGGCCGACUACACCAAGUCCACGGAGGACGUUUUCAUCGACGUUGCGACCUGGAUUGCCAGAAGUUUCGGUCUACCAGCGCUACUUGCGAGAACUGUAGAUGUGAACCAGCCUGACGAGAACGCAGAGGCGGAUAUGCAUCAGUGGGAUAACUCGUCGCUGCCCAUGUGGGUGCCUGACUGGACAAAACGCACGACCCCGUAUACCUACCAGAAUAGUUAUGUGCCAGGGCUAACAUUGCGCUACGGUUGGGAUUUGAGUCUCAUGGCGCCGAAAAUUCAAUCGGCCAGAAUGAGUCCCUUCAUCAGGAUAUGUCGCGAAAGCAUUGCCUUCACGGGCUUCAAAUUAGGAUCAAUCUCCAACGUGGUCCAAGACGUGAUGGAGCCUGGAGAGAGUCGUAAUGGAGUUGUUUCCUUCUCGCCCUGGAACUAUUUCGAGCUCUGCCUGGACGAACAUGGAUCCUUACGACCAAAAUCCAUCAAGGAGCACAUAAUCACGCCUGCCUCGUUAGCCGGUCACCGCUAUUAUGAGCGGAGUUGUAUCUACCUCGUCCCAGAGCCUGCGGACUACGGGGCCUUCCUCUUCGAGGAGCCUGGUUUGGUGUCUGUGAGGUUCGGCGGAGAUGGGGUUUCCUGGACGCACGUGAGCCCUUUUGGGAUAACGACCACUGGACGCUUCGCAAAUCUUGCGGUUUGCUGCUGGGAAUCGGAUGCGGUUGAGGCAAGGACGAUUUGUGGGAUGUUGUAUUUGGCGAGAAGUUGGGGUACUUGGGAAACUGGCCAGUUUGAAACUGUUGUGGCUUCGCAAGCAUUCCUGUCGUCCUGGAUAGCAUGGGGUAGACCUUAG